AUGGACUUGACUGCAGACUUUAAAUCCUUUCAAGACCUUGUUCAAUCGUCCCUGAUCAGCGUGACGAAGACCGCAACUCAAGUUUCUACCCAAGACCUGAGUUUCCAUCGCUCGUCUAGCGAAAAGCUAUCUCGUGCCCUUGAACGCCAGAAUGCCCACCUUCUGCGCCUGACUAGCAGUCUACUCAAAGCGGCCACCAAAGACACCAACCUCAAACCUCCUGUUCUCCGGAAUCAGGAUGACAUCGAGGACAAUUGGCGUGAGGUAGUUGAUGUUGUUGACGACCUUCUCGAGAAGGCGGAUUCUGCACUUGAUGAGUACUCCGGCGUCAUCAAGCGUCAGAGUCCGAGUCAAGAUGCCGAUCCUCCAGCUAAGCGCCUCAAGACAGGGAGAGGUCUUCAUUCAUGGUCUUCAGAGGUCGCACAGAAGCCGCAGCUUCGUUUUGACAGGCAGGUGAAUAACUCUGAAACGAAGCCAUGGAAGCCUCUGCUCAAAGCAAAGCCCCACGCCACUGUCCCAUUAGAGGAGAGCAUCGGUAAUGAGGACGUUGGUUACAAGCAUCCAUACUUACAUGAGAUUGAACAAUACGCCUAUCCUCCUUCCGUGUAUCAAGCUAGUCUCCCUAUUCCAUUCACGCCGCCAGAGCAAAGUGAGCCGAUAUUCGUCGACACUGAGGAGGGUGUACAAGAGAUGCUAGAAGAGUUGAAAGGGGCUUCUGAGAUCGCAAUUGAUCUCGAGCACAAUGACCAGCGCUCCUACGUAGGUAUGGUGUGCCUCAUGCAGAUUAGUACUCGAGAAAAGGAUUGGAUCAUCGACACCUUGAAGCCGUGGCGGGAAAAUCUGCAGAUACUAAAUGAAGUCUUCGCCGACCCAAAGAUCGUGAAAGUGUUUCACGGGUCCAAUAUGGACAUCAUCUGGCUGCAAAGAGAUCUCGGCCUGUACGUUGUUGGUCUUUUUGAUACAUACCACGCUUGCUGCGCCCUCCAGUUUCCCGGCAAAGGUCUGAAGCAUUUACUACACCAAUUCGCCAACUUCGAGGCCCAGAAACAGUAUCAGACAGCGGAUUGGCGGAUACGACCUCUACCCAAAGAAUUGGUUGAUUACGCACGUUCAGACACCCAUUUUCUACUCAAUAUCUACGAUAAUCUCCGAAAUAUGCUCGUCGAAGGAUCCACGCCGAACUCGAAUCUCACCGAUUAUGUGCUGUCACAGUCCAAGAAAGAAGCUCUCCAAGCCUACGAGCGUUCUAUCUACGACAUAGAAACCGGUCGUGGUCCGCUCGGCUGGCUGGGACUCCUUCUGCAAAGGUCUGUCCGAUUCAGCAACGAACAAUUUGGCGUUUUUCGAGCCCUCCAUGCAUGGCGAGAUCAGAAGGCGCGAGAACUGGACGAAGGGUUGCAGUACAUUCUCCCAAAUCGUCUCCUAUGGAUAAUUGCAGAGAGCAUGCCCACUUCAAGCUUCAAUUUCCAUGCGGUGAUCAGGAGCGGUGUCCCCAAAUCUGUCCUGGACCGCUUACCUGAAAUCAUCGAAGUUAUCAAGAAGGGCAAGUUUGAGGGGCGUUCUGGGCCUUCUGUUCAGGAGGUAUUGCAGCAUAGUGAAGAGGUGUACGGGAUAACUGCACGUCGACCACCCCGAGAGAGAAAAGAAGCUCCUACCACAAUUCAAGGUUUAGGUGCGACUUUGAAGCAACUGAUUUCCAGCGGAGAUGUUGGUGCGUCGUCAGCAUCACUAAACUACGAUGGUGUCGUGGAGGUUGAAGUACCGGUUGCCACCCGAUCCACGGCUUCUCUGUUCUGGGGCGAUGUACCACCACAACAUGCACACUUCCCCGCGGAGCUGGACACAGUGAUGACUGCGCUGCGGUCUGUUCUACCAUUGGCCCCCGCCUCGGCGGCGGCUCCAAAUGCCUCUGCUCCAACCGAGCAGGCGCUGCCAGCCACAGGCGAGUCAACUGUGUCCACAACCACUCCUGCUCCUGCCACAGUACCGCCUCGCUCCACGACGCCCGAGAUCUUCACGUUGAAAGGUUCCGCUACAGCAAAGAAGCGGAAGGCCGAUGAAAGAGACGACGCUGUAGAUUUGCCGGCGACGACACCAGCCACGGCAUCACCAAUUGGCUCUGCAACUGAAACGCCUCCAGCGAAGAAUCCCGAGCAUGAGGCGAAGCGUCAAGCCAAGAAACAGAAAAAGGCCGAGAAGAAAGCAAAGAAGGAGGCCGAGAGACUUGCGGCAGAACAAGCUGCCAAAGCGACACAGCCGUUCGACUAUGCGAAGGCAGAGUCUCUCCUGGCCCCACAGACGCAGGCGGCAAGGGCGGACGCCGAGGCCAAGGGCGGCAAAAGAAUGAAUCCAUUCGCGAAGGCAUUGGAUGCCAGCACUGGUGCAAGAAGGGCCAAGAUGGGCAAGGAACUGGCUGGAAAGAGCAUGACGUUCAAGUCUUGA